CUCAUCUAGAGCCACGUUGGAGAAAAGAGAGAAACUAAAAGUGCGGCGUUUCUGCACGUCGCCGGCUGCUUUGGGGUAACAAAAGGACCAGAGUUGCCUGCCGACCGAGUCACCCCGCGAGCGGGAGCCAGGCUCGGAGCAGACGAGGUGCCCGGUGGCGCUCAUUCGGGGGCUUCUAACUCUUGCUCCCCGCAGCCCGGUUCCCGUCUCCUCCCCUCGUGUUCCUUUUUGUGGAACAGAGGCGCCUGCAGCCGCACUCGCCAGCGACUCAUCUCUCCAGCGGGUUUUUUGUUUGUCGCGUGCGAGCCCCACACUCAUGAACAUACACAGGUCUACCCCCAUCACAAUAGCGAGAUAUGGGAGAUCGCGGAACAAAACCCAGGAUUUCGAAGAGUUGUCGUCUAUAAGGUCCGCAGAGCCCAGCCAGAGUUUCAGCCCGAACCUUGGCUCCCCGAGCCCGCCUGAGACUCCGAACUUGUCGCAUUGCGUAUCUUGCAUCGGGAAAUACUUAUUGUUGGAACCUCUGGAGGGAGACCACGUUUUUCGUGCUGUGCAUCUGCACAGCGGAGAGGAACUGGUGUGCAAGGUGUUUGAUAUCAGCUGCUAUCAGGAGUCCCUGGCACCGUGCUUUUGCCUGUCUGCCCAUAGCAACAUCAAUCAAAUCACUGAAAUUAUCCUGGGUGAGACCAAAGCCUAUGUGUUCUUUGAGCGAAGCUAUGGGGACAUGCAUUCCUUCGUCCGUACCUGCAAGAAGCUGAGAGAGGAGGAGGCAGCCAGACUGUUCUAUCAGAUCGCCUCGGCGGUGGCCCACUGCCACGACGGGGGCCUGGUCCUCCGGGACCUCAAGCUGCGGAAAUUCAUCUUUAAGGACGAAGAGAGGACUCGGGUCAAGCUGGAAAGCCUGGAAGAUGCUUACAUUCUGCAGGGAGAUGACGAUUCUCUCUCUGACAAGCACGGCUGCCCGGCUUACGUAAGCCCGGAGAUCUUGAACACCAGCGGCAGCUACUCGGGCAAAGCAGCCGACGUGUGGAGCCUGGGAGUGAUGCUGUAUACCAUGUUGGUGGGGCGGUACCCUUUCCAUGACAUUGAACCCAGCUCUCUCUUCAGCAAGAUCCGGCGUGGCCAGUUUAACAUUCCAGAGACUCUGUCACCCAAGGCCAAGUGCCUCAUCCGCAGCAUUCUGCGGCGGGAGCCCUCGGAGAGGCUGACCUCGCAGGAAAUUCUGGACCAUCCUUGGUUUUCUACAGAUUUUAGCAUCUCGAAUUCAGGAUAUGGUGCUAAGGAAGUGUCUGACCAGCUGGUGCCGGACGUCAACAUGGAAGAAAACUUGGACCCUUUCUUUAACUGAGCUCACGCCCUACAGAGACUUAGCAGGUACAAGGAGGGCAGCGGAAAGAAGUUCUUCCAGGGGACACAUCUCGCCUGCCUUGGUAGCAGAAAGGACACUGACAUCCUAAGUUUCUUGGUUCAGAGAAGGAGCGUCUUCAAGGAGCUGCCUCAAUAUGUAGCAGGGGGCAGAGACGUGGGUGGGGGUGGGGUCAGACGGAGGGAGCCCCCCGGAGCUUGUCUUCUCUGACGGAGCCUGGGAGACCACCCCUGGCCAGUUGGGCCGCUUCCACCUCCCCCACUUUUCGUUUUGUUCCCAAAUAGUUGCAGAUCCUGACAGAAUUGGAACUCUGCCUCAAAACACACAUCUUGGCAUGGCACUGUUAGCAUCUCACUUCUUGUUAUGAUUCAGGGAAGGAACAAUUGGCGGAGGCAUUUUGUUUUGUUUUGUUUUGUUUUUUAAACAAGCCAACCACCUAGCUGACCAUUAAUGGGAUUCACUUAAAAAAUAAAAUUCGGUGCACACAGACUGACAUGAAACCUGGGUGCUAAACUCAAAGACAACAAAAAAGUCCAGUUUGUGUCUCUUAAUCGCUCUCUUCAACUCAUUUCUUCUAAAUAAACUAUUUAAGAUCCCGGUCAGGAAAUGACACCUUAAUGCUUUGCUCCCUGAAGGGGAAAAAAAAAUCUGUCCUUUAACAAGCUUGUUUUGUUUCAUGUGGAUUGGUUUGUGGCAGGAAGCUAUUUGAAGUCAGACUUCCAGACGCAUUACUGCCUUCUGCCUUCCUAGUUUAAAGAGGGGAAGGAAAAGGAAGAAAAAAGGGAGAAGAAGUGCAGCUCCUCUCUGAGUUUUUCCGUUUGAAGGUUGAGGGUUGGUGCAGCCAUUCCUCUGUGCUGAGAUGGCGGAAGUGGCCUGAGAUACCAGGAAGCCACUGGAGUCUGAUGCUUUUGCAACACUCCAAUCGCAACUAAACAUUUGUCUUUUGUUUGAAUAGAAACUAGGGAAACAAAGCAGGUUGUCCCACAUGUAUAAAAUACAGGGCAGCUAUUUCGUUUUCUUAAAGAAGAAUAAACCUUUUGGCUUGGAAGGCCCUCUGAUUUGGAUAAAAACCCUCAGUAGAGACAAGCAAAAAGGAUGAUAAGCUGAAAGCUGGGAUGAUAUAAAUAAAAACAACGCUCUAUCCCAAUACACACCUUUGUAUUUUCAAGAACUCUUCUAUUUAUUAAGGAAAAUGUCACAUUGUGAUGUAUUAAGCCAGUACUUCAAUUACGGGUUGACUUGGGAUGACAUGUUACAUGCUGUAGUUAACAUUUAUAAUUUUUUUUUUCCUCGUUUGAGUAUUUCUGUCCCUGAAAUGACCUUUAUUUGGCUUUUCGAGAUAGCUUUAUUUGAUUUCGAGUGGCAAACUGUUUUUUUAUUAUGGCUUUUCUAUUGCUGUAUGAUACACAACUCUUUUGGCAUAAAUAUUUGUGUUCCCAGUACCUCAGUUGUUUGGAUUUUGCUGCCUGUAUAUGUUUUGUGAAAUGGUCAUGUUUUUUGGGUAGGUAACACAUGGACUCUAGUAUGUAAAUGUUACUUGAAUCUGUGCUUCAUUAUAGUACGUGGCAUGUAUGUGCAGACUCUUGGACGCUUUACGCCUGCCCAGCGGGGAGCCCAUCCUUCACGCUCCCAGGAGGGCGGCUGCACCAUUCAUAAACAGGAGACAAGGCGGCCAUGGAUUUGCCCUUGAUUCUAUUUUGCUAAUGGAAGAUAUCAAGGAGAGAAGUUGUUUUUUUGUUUUUGUUUUUGUUUCGUUUUGUUUUUUUACAUUCUGAAGAAGGUGCUGUGUCAAGAAGGACCUUUUUUUCUUCCCUCUCCCCUCUUUUUAAGUCCCUUAUAGGAGGAGAGAUUGCUGAUGUGCAUGGUGGGAUCUGUGGCCUCUGGUGCUUUGUCCUGUAUUUGGUUUAAUGUUUUUGUCCUAAUCUCUUCAAUCAAUAAAAUUGUGCGUAUUUAACUAAAA